GGAAUUUUUUCUAUUUCCUGCUCUGUUUCCAGUGUUUUGACAGUCCCACAAAAGAUUACACAAUCCUGCCCGACGGGAAUUUCCGAGAGGUGGCCUACUUAAAGGAGUGAUCGCCAAGUGGCGCUUGUCACACUCUCUCUGAUCGCCUUCAGGUGUUACACCUUUUCAGCGUCAGACACAGAAAGGCAGAGUGAACGCUCUGAGUUGGCUCAUCAACCAUGGCAAGCAGAAAAACGUGUCUCAUGGUAGCUCUGUGCUCCCUCGUCAUUAUCAUCAACCUUUUUGACAGCGCACAAUCAGCGAGCUGCUGCCUGAGGUACUCCAAGCGUCAGCCUCCUUGCAAACGGAUUCUGGGUUACACCAUCCAGAGCAUCAAUAACGCCUGUGACAUCAACGCCAUCAUUUUUCAUGCUCCGGGAAGGUUUGUGUGUGCCGACCCAUCAAAGCCGUUGACCCAGAAAGUGAUGAAGUGUUUUGAUGAAAUGAACAGGAAGACCAACAACAACAAAAAAUCCUAACAACAACACAUCCGCUUAAACUCUCUUUAAGUGUUCUUAUCUGCACUAAUAUUAUUAUAAUAGUAAUUAUACACAUAAAUAUAACUUGUUGUGUGACCUUUCCUUAUAUUUGUUCUGUUUUAUAAACAGGGAAGAGUAGUAUUCUUAAUACAUGUGUGAGCUAUAAGCUAUAGUGCUUCAACAAAAAAAACCUUGUGCUUUUUUUAAAGUAAUGCAAAAUAUCAUUAUUUUGUAAUAUGUGUUAUUGUUUGAUUUAUUUUCUGAAGAAGAUGAAAUAUAAAACCCUGUAUUUUCAGAAAGUGUGAGAUAUUCAUUGUAAUUGAUAUUUGUCAGAGAAUUUAUUAAACAAGUUAUUUGAUAAAAACACAUGUCUGUCUGUAUGGACUCCACAAGCAACCACACGCUGUCAAAUUUUUGUCCUGAUUGUACACCGGGGGAAAAAAAAAAAGAAUUAAUCACACUGCAAAAGGAGCCUAAAUAAAAAGAAAUUAGCUGAUAGUGAUUAGCAAACAGUGAUAAAUAUGUACAGUACCAUAUUUAUAAGGUUACAUCUCUCUUUAAAAGGUUUAAAUCCUAGUGUUAAACAUCGGAAACCCAAAAGAACAUCAUUUUUUUUCCUGUUGUAUAUCUGGAAUAUAAAUUAAAGAUGUUAUUUAUUUAAUGUAAUUAUUCAUAGAACAAAAUAUUCAGAAUUGAAGGAAUAUGAUCACAAAUGAAGGAAAACAUUUGAAGACAAAAUAUAAAUUAAUAUGUUUAAGUUCAGUUCAUUCACAUAGACUGUGAAGUCUGAACUUGUGUCUUAAUAAACUUUGUUUCUUAGGAACUGUGGUGAGGCACUUAUAGAUGGACAAAAUGUGUUACCUAUGAGAGAAAUAGUGGUUUAAUUGGAUAAUUCCAAUGUAUCUCAGCUUGGUACAUCUGUUGCAGUAUGGUUUUAUGGGUUAUCUUAACUUUAACUACCUAACUCUUCAAGAAACAAACCUGUGGGUGAACCGCCUAUCUAAUAACGCUGACAUAAGUAGAGGGUGCAAAGUUCACACAAGCCAAAGAACAACAGACAUGUUAAUGAGGAAGGCUGAAAUAAAGUUUGAAAAGAACUGAAAUUACUUUUACAGUGCAUGAAAUUUGAUUUUCCAUUGUUAUCUAUCAGCAGUGACUAAACAAGCUUAGUAAUUAAACUAAGAGAGAUAUUAUAUUUUAGACUUGUUUAAAAGGCUUUGUUUGCAUUUAUUAUACAUAUACUGUUUCCUUUAUCUACGAUAGAUAUAGUAAGAUACUCUUAUAUAUUCAUUAUGAUUCUCAGUCAUUUAUUAUGUAAGUUAUAUCCAGUUGACAAUCAUUGUGUCUUACUUCUUGCAGAACUUCUUUGUUUCAGUAAUGCAAUAAGACGAUGUAUGAUUGAGUGAAUUAUGUGCAACAUUUUAACUGCCUAAAAUGCUGACUCUGUAAUACUUUGAUUAACAAGAAAUUGCAGUAAAGUUAUCAAAGACA